GAUCACUCACGCAGAACACUCCCCACGUCCUCCCCCCCCAUGCUUCGAUGCAGUAGCAAGAACAACGAACCUAACCUGUACUAUGCAUGAAGGGUUGUCUAGCCCUGUGAUGCACCUAUAAGAUUAGGUAGUGGCUUUUUGAUCACCUUUUCGCCUCCCUGUUAGCUUCCUGAUUCACCUCCGAUGCUGCCACAUCUGGGUCCACUCUUUCAAGUCUUGACGGAAUCCCACAAGUCCUAGUACCUGAUGACAGGUCUAAAGAAUGCACUUGAGUUAUUCCCAUGUAUGUAACAUACACCAUGACAUACACUUUCUCCACUUUCAUAUGCGUUGUCCUACAGAACCUGCAUGGUUGGAAACCUCCGGGCAAGAACUCGGUUGGCUGGGAGAGCCUAUAUGCUAUAAGAAGCAGGACACUUCCCAGCACCCCACCAAGUCCUCAGUACCAUCUCAACUUCUUUUUUGCAUCCGACCUUUUCUAGAUACUUUGUUGUAACGGCCGUUUUCACAAUGUCGGAUACCGGUGAUCUCAGUCACCAAGCCAUCAGCUCCUAUUUUAUAGGACCUCAGGCUGAGAAUAUGAAGUACUUCAAGGACAAUAUUGCAACUAUCCUCCAAGAGCUUGAAGUGGCUCGGAAAAAAUACAGCUUCGAAGGUGAUCAGGAAUUCAUCACCUCCAGCAUACAAAACUCCGAUGAAUUCCAGCGGAUUACAAGGAAUUUCUCUCACGCGGUUAAAAAGGCCGCCCAGCUGCUGGGCUCUCAUUCGAUUCCCUUCUGGAAUCCUCGCUACCAGGCUCACAUGUCCACUGACCUAAGCAUGCCUGCGCUUCUGGGAUAUUUCAUGACUAUGAUCUAUAACCCUAACAAUGUUGCCCUAGAGGCUAGUCCUCUGACUACUGUGGCAGAAAUGGAAGUUGGAGAGCAGCUCUGCCACUUGUUUGGAUACAAUAUCGAUCCCACGAGGAAGGAUGUGCCCACUGGCUGGGGGCAUGUUACUUGCGGCGGGACUGUAGCCAAUCUUGAGUCCAUCUGGGUGGCGAGGAAUCUCAAAUUUUAUCCUUUGGCCCUCCGAAAAGCGAUGAGUGAGAUUGUUGUGGUGAAUGGACAAGAAAAAAGAGGACCGUUGAACUAUGUGGCUGACAGAUUCAUGGUGACCACCUGCAAAGGCGAAAGCAAGCUUUUCGCAAACCUGUCGACUUGGGAGCUGCUCAACCUGAGACCAAAAACGGUUCUUGAUCUACCACAGGCACUACAUGAGCAGUUCAGCAUCUCGCCCAAGUUUUUAGAAUCCGCUCUGCAGAAUUUCAACAUCCAGUCAACGGGCAAAGACAGUCUCGAAAGGGAAUUCGAGAUCAAGAAACCGAUCAAGUAUUUCCUUUCUAAUACUCGACACUAUUCUUGGCCCAAGGGGGGAGCCAUAACCGGUCUUGGAUCUGAUGCAUUUGAGGGCAUUGAGGUCGAUGAUGCCGCGCGCAUUAACCUCGAUGUUCUUGAAAAGCGUCUUCAGCAGUGCCUUGACGAAGGACAGGCGGUCUACGCCGUUGUGGCCAUCAUUGGCUCAACCGAAGAAGGUGCUGUUGACAGGCUAAGCUCAAUCCUAGCCAUGCGCCAGCGCUUCCAGUCGAAAGGGCUGUCAUUCCUCGUCCAUGCCGAUGCCGCGUGGGGAGGCUAUUUUGCCACCAUGCUCCCCAGAAACCUAUAUGAUAUGCCACGGGGACCAAGUGCGAGUCAGCCUGAAGAUGGUUUCGAUGGUGGAGCAGAGGGUUUUGUUCCAGACCUAAGCUUGAAGUUGCAGACUCAAGAGGACCUUCUUGCACUGAAGUAUGCGGAUUCUAUCACUGUAGACCCGCAUAAAGCAGGCUAUAUUCCGUACCCUGCCGGGAGCCUGGCGUAUCGCGAUGGCAGGAUGCGAUAUCUGGUCACAUGGACAGCCCCAGUACUUUCCCAGGGCUCUGAGACCGGAAUGGGAAUUUAUGGCGUUGAGGGCAGUAAACCUGGAGCUGCAGCAAUGUCGACCUGGCUCUCGAACAAGUGCAUUGGGCUCAAUCCUGAAGGAUAUGGCGCUUUGCUCAGCGAAGUAUCUUACACAUGUACCAGACUCUCCGCUCACUGGGCCGCUAUGACCACGAAAGACGACGAGUACUUCGUCUGCGUCCCAUUCCACAAACUUCCCUCCGAAUGGAAAGAUCCCUACAACGAGCAAGCGAUAGAGGAGGAGAAAGAAAGGAUCCGCCGAGAGAUCCUUCCCAAAAGCAAUGGUGAAAUUGUUCAAAGCGACGUUGGGAAACCCACAGAUGAGAAACUCAUGACUCUUCUCCGGGGUCUAGGUUCAGAUCUGAAUAUAAAUGCAUUUGCACUCAACUGGCGGUACGAGGAUGGAACCUGGAACGCUGACAUCGAAGAAGCCAACUACCUCAUGAGACAUGUCAUAGAACGUCUUUCUAUCAGUUCACCAGACCAGGAUCCCACCAAGAUCCCGUUUUACCUGACGUCGACUGAGUUCACCAACGAACUAUAUGGCAAGUGUGCGAAGGAGUUCAAGAGAAGAUUAGGUCUUCCCCAGUGUGAUCGGUCUUUGUUUGUGUUUAGGAAUGUUGUCAUGAGUCCAUUCCCGACGGACAACGACUUCAUUAGCACGAUGGUAGACUACUUUCGCUCCGUAGUCGAGGAUGGAGUCAGGCUAUGCCGCAAGCGGAAUGCUAGAGGCCCAGCUAUCCACCGAUUCAUCAUGCAGGGAACUGACCAGGUUUUCUUGGCUUAUCAACCAUCGUUCCACAUGGGCAAGCACCGACAACAAAUCAUUCUAGCUGUGGAGCUUGAAGACCACGCUAAGUCAGAUUACAUCGAAGUCCGAGAAUCCAACCCCGAGGAUCCUAUCCUUCUCAAAUCAUCCUUGGAAGUCGACAUCCAGGACCUGGUAAACGAAUGCAGCCACGGCCGCCCUGCGAGUUUCAAGGGAACUAUAUAUACACGCCAUGGUGGUCCGGUCCGCUCUUCCACAACCGUGACAUUGAAGCGCGUGAUCAAGAGUCGUCCCCUCAACUCCGCCCAUCGAGAGGCCGACUAUCCCGAAGAUUUCAUGCCGUUCUACCUCUAUGGCUCUGGAAAGCAGUGGCACAUGUCACAUAUGCUUCUACAAGCACCCAAUGCUACAUUCUCGGCUAACAAUGUGACCUUAGACGAGGAGCUAGCCACUUCGCUCAAGCAAGAACAUGCCGAGAAAGGCGCUAUCCUUGCUUUGACAGAAGUACCUGAGCAAUCGAUGCAGCCUUUCCCAAGCUCCAAACAUGACCUGCCGGGAGGUUUCUUCUUCCAGCCCGACAAGAAAUACAAGGUAAAGGUGUGGGAUGAUCCAAGAGAUGCAUCAGCAGCUGGGCCCGGACUGUUGGAAGGCUUGGGGAAACCAGUUGAGGGAACUAUUACAUUAACCAAUGAGGUUCACUUCGAUCUGGAAUGGAUCAAUAAGGAUCCCUUCGAGUAUGAGGAUAAAAUGGGUAAAUGGCGGGACGAGUUCAGCCAGAUUGGGAAAAAGCUGGAAAAACGAACUUGAAAGAAGAAUUGUGGCAAGAUAUCCGUAUUAUAGUUUAGAACCACAGGGCAGUUCCAUUGUGCUUUUGAAGUGUGCUGCAGUAUAAGUCAAUCAAUGAAGCACCCUUUAUCUCCACGCUAUACCCAAACAGGAGCACCAAUACCAAGAUAAGAUAAAAUCA